GUUCCAGCAACCGUAAAUAAGAAGAACACAUGUUUUUAUGAGGUUAAGGAAUGGUGUUAAAUAGUUAGGAUAUUUUUGUUCGUUUUAAAUCUUGUAUAAUAGUAUAAAAAUUUAAACGAUAAAAUGAAGAUCCAUUUAACACCUGACAAACUCAGUUUUUCGCUAUUUAGCGCUGAACAAAUUCGACAAAUGAGUGUUACUAAAAUAAUCACCCCUCUUAUGUUAGACGCUUUAGGUCACCCUAUACCAGGAGGUUUAUACGAUAUAAAAUUAGGUCCGUAUUCUGAUCAGGGCGAACUAUGCGGAACUUGUAAUAAAACGUUUACGAAUUGCCCGGGACAUUUCGGUUACAUCGAGCUCCCUUUACCAACAGUUAAUCCUCUAUUUCAUAAAAUUAUAGGGACUAUUUUAAAAAUAUCGUGUUUAUCUUGCUACCACAUACAAAUACCAACUCAUAUUAAAAAAGUUUUGUGUAUUCAAAUUAAACUUCUUAAUUGUGGUUUGAUAACGGAAGCUAUGUUAGUAGAAUCGACGAUAUCUCAAUUGAUGUUAAAAUAUUUAAAAUUUGAAAAUAUUCCAGUUGAUAGUAUAGGAACUAUAUUAGAAUAUGAACAAAUGGCAGAUGAAUUAUUAAGAAAAUCUGGGGGGAAAUACGUGAUAAGUCAAAACACAGAAACUUUAAGAAAUUAUUUUAUUAAUCAGAUGUUGAAGGAGGUUAAGGCAAAGGGUGUUUGUAUGUUUUGUAAAUCUAUUAUUGAAAAAAUACAAACUUUGAAGAACAAAAUCAUAUUAGUCAAGAGAAAAACAAACUUGAACACAUCGAACGCAUCCAAUACGGUAAUGUCUCAAAAAAUUACCGGAUUGGAAUCGAAAUAUGUCACCCCGGAAGAAUCUAGGCAAUACAUGAGAAAAAUUUGGAUAGCAGAAAAGGAUUUUUUGAAACAUUUAAUGUCGGUAUUAGAUGAUAUCGAUAUAGAACAUCCUACGGAUGUAUUUUAUUUUGAUGUUAUACCAGUACCACCUCCAAACGUUAGACCGGUAAAUUUCGCCAACGGUAGGGUAUUGGAAAAUAAACAAUCCCUAGGAUAUAAAAAUAUUAUACAAAACGUGAUAUUAUUGAAAACUAUCAUUCAAGUUAUUCAGAAAAACGAUGAUUUGGGGAGUUUAGUAUCAGCAGAAGCUAAGGCUGCUUAUAGUUUCGCUAGAGGUAAUACCGCUGUGGAAAAAUUGAAUUAUUGUUGGGAAGAACUUCAAAACGAUGUAAACGGAUUGUUGGACAAAGAUAGUAAUCGUACUAGGGAGGGAGAGGGUAUAAAACAGAUAAUCGAGAAGAAAGAGGGUAUAAUACGUAUGUGCAUGAUGGGUAAACGUGUAAAUUUUUCAGCUAGGUCCGUCAUAACCCCAGAUCCAAAUUUGAAUAUCGAUGAGAUUGGGGUACCUGAAGAGUUUGCUAAAAAAUUAACUUAUCCUGUAGCCGUAACCCCUUGGAACGUUGAGGAAUUGAGGAAGAUGGUUUUGAACGGACCCAACGUUCAUCCUGGGGCCAUCAUGGUCGAGUACAAUGGUACCGUAAAAAGAAUCAAUCCGAAAAGUGUGCAACAACAAAAAAGUUUACUUAAAUGUCUGUUAACGCCUGAUGAUAAGGAUAACGUCCAACAGGGGGUUAGAAUUGUACACAGACAUCUCUGUAACGGCGAUAUACUCCUAUUAAACCGUCAACCCACCCUACAUAAACCGAGUAUAAUGGCUCACACGGCUCGAAUAUUGAAAAACGAGAAAACUUUGAGGUUACAUUACGCCAAUUGUAAAGCCUACAACGCCGAUUUCGACGGGGACGAAAUGAACGCCCAUUUCCCCCAAAACGAACUAGCCAGAAGCGAAGGCUACAACAUAGUGAACGUUUCGAAUCAAUUCCUCGUACCGAAAGACGGUACCCCUUUGAGCGGUUUGAUUCAAGAUCACAUGAUCGCGGGGGUACGGCUUUCGUUGAGGGGGAGGUUUUUCGAUAAACACGAUUACCAACAACUGGUUUACCAAGGUUUGUCCUUCAAAACCGGUAAUAUUCGAUUAUUGCCGCCGACGGUAAUCAAACCUCGAAUGUUGUGGUCCGGUAAACAGAUUUUGUCCACCGUUAUCAUCAAUAUUAUACCAGAAGGAAGGGAAUUGAUCAGUUUGACUUCUACGGCUAAGAUACCGUCGAAAGCUUGGCAAACUCAACCCUCGAGACUAUGGAAAGCGGGCGGUACUCCAUUCACCGACGACAAAACAAUGAGCGAAGCCGAAGUUAUAAUACGAAACGGUGAAUUACUGGUCGGAAUUUUAGAUAAAACCCAUUACGGCGCCACCCCUUACGGUCUAGCCCACUGUAUGUACGAGUUGUACGGCGGCGCUUGCGCCACCAGAUUUCUAUCGUCGUUGGCCAAACUCUUCAUGAGGUUCCUGCAACAGGAAGGAUUCACUUUGGGCGUGCGCGAUAUCCUGACGAUACCGAAAGCAGAUGCGAAACGUCGGAAAAUAAUAAAGGAUUGCAGGUCUAUCGGUAAAGAGGCGGUAACUAAAGCUCUGGAUUUACCGAUAGGUACGCCGGAUGAGGAUGUUGUUGGGAAAAUCGAAGAGUUGAGUGCUACCGAUGCUAAAAUUAGAUCGGUGAUCGAUAGAUCGUAUAAAUCGUCGUUGGAUACGUUCACAAAUGAAAUUAACAGAACUUGCCUCCCAGCCGGUCUCGUAUGUAAAUUUCCUCAAAACAACCUCCAAUUGAUGGUCCAAUCUGGCGCUAAAGGUUCGACCGUUAACACCAUGCAAAUCUCCUGUCUACUAGGUCAGAUUGAAUUGGAAGGUAAACGACCUCCGGUGAUGAUAUCCGGUAAAUCUUUACCCAGUUUUCCCGCCUUCGAAUUUUCCCCGCGAGCCGGAGGGUUCAUCGACGGUCGAUUUAUGACCGGCAUUCAACCGCAGGAAUUUUUCUUUCAUUGUAUGGCGGGACGAGAGGGUCUGAUCGAUACAGCUGUCAAAACUAGUCGUAGUGGAUAUUUACAGAGAUGUCUCAUCAAACAUUUGGAAGGGCUUAAAGUUAGUUACGAUAUGACGGUGAGGAAUAGUGAUAAAAGUGUUAUACAGUUCCUAUACGGCGAAGAUGGCAUGGAUAUAGCCAAAUCUCAAUUCUUCAACGAAAAACAAAUCAACUUUUUAACCGAAAACGUAAAAGUUCUUGCACAACAAGAUGUUUUAACACGAGUUAAAAGUGACGAAGAACAAUCUAACAUAAAGGAAUACAUAAAAACGAUUACUAAAUGGAAAAAAGAACAUGGGGAUCCUUUCAGGUAUCGAAAAAAGAAUCCCUUUACACUCUUCGUUAAAUACGUUAGACAAAGAGUAGGAGACGAUAAGAAGUUAACUAGGGAACAAUUAAAUAAACUUUGGUAUGAAUUAGCCGACGAUAUAAAGGAAAGCUUCGAGAAUCAAUGUAAGCGUUGUCCCGAUCCUGUCGAAUCCUUGUAUCAACCUGACGCGAAUUUCGGCGCAGUAAACGAAAAAAUCGAAGAACUGAUAAAAAAUUGUAGAGGAUUCGAUAAAAAAGCCAAAAAGGAAUUUCAAAAUGUGAUGAAAUUGAAAACGAUGCAAUCGAUGUGCGUCGCCGGAGAACCAGUGGGACUUUUAGCUGCACAAUCCAUAGGUGAACCUUCCACUCAGAUGACGUUGAAUACUUUCCAUUUCGCCGGUAGAGGUGAAAUGAACGUCACUUUGGGUAUCCCCAGAUUGAGGGAGAUCCUGAUGAUGGCGUCGAAAAAUAUCAAAACGCCUUCUAUGGAAAUUCCGUUUUUACAAGUACCCGAUUUGGAAUACAGGGCGGACAAAAUUAGGAAAUUGUUAACGAGGGUCGUUGUUGCAAAUGUUUUGGAAACUAUCGAAGUUACUACCGAGCUACAGAUUAAACCGAUUAGACAGAAUAAAUAUACGGUGAGGUUCAAUUUUUUACCGAAAAAAUAUUACAGUAACGAUUAUUGCGUUAAACCGAAUCAGAUAAUAAAUCACAUGAAAAAAAAAUUCUUUCGGGAGAUGUUUGCCAGUAUUAGGAAAGUCAGUAAGAUAAAUUCGAAUAUAGUUAUGAUGGAAGAUGAAAAAAACAAAAAAUCGAUACCGAACAAUGAAGAAGAUAACGAAGAACAAAACGAAAAAGAACCUGUAGAUGAAAACAGUUCUUCCGAAGACGAAAUCGAAGAUACCGAAGACGCCAAGCAGACCCAUAAAUAUCAAGAGACUAGAGACGAUUUGGAACCGGAAGACGAAGAGAAACUACAAUCCGACGAAGAAGAAGAAAACGUAAAUUCGGACGAGGAAAACGAAAAAAAAGAAGAAGAAAUCAAACAACAACAGCAGCAGCAACAAAAUGAAGUAGUGGAUAGUUAUAAUUUCGCCCAAAGUUACAUCGAAGAUACCGAUAAGCAUCUGUGGUGUGAAAUAACUUUCGGUUUUCCUUUGAAUCAGAAAAAAUUAGAUCUGACCGCCAUUUUGAAAGAAACCGCCGACAAAUCCGUUUUAUGGGAAACACCGCAGAUACGUAGAGCGAUCACUUACGUCAAAGACGAUCAGUUUAUGCUAAGAACCGACGGUAUAAAUAUUGUAGAAAUGUUUAAAUACAAUACGAUACUCGAUUUACCGAAAUUGUACUGUAACGAUAUACAUAAAGUAGCCGAAACGUAUGGUAUCGAAGCCGCAUCGAAAGUAAUCGUUAAGGAAGUCAAAGAUGUAUUUAAUGUUUACGGAAUCAAAGUAGAUCCGAGACAUUUAUCGUUAAUAGCGGAUUAUAUGACAUUUAAUGGAACUUUCGAACCGUUGAGUAGAAAAGGAAUGGAAAGUAGUGCAUCGCCUCUACAACAGAUGUCUUUCGAGUCGUCGUUGGUGUUUUUGAAGAAUGCAGUUAUUAGAGGACGUCAGGACGAUAUUCAGAACCCUUCCAGUAGUCUCAUGUUGGGAAAACCUUGUAACACCGGAACGGGGAGUUUUACUCUGUUACACAAGACUUUUACUGUUUGAUUUUUAUAUAAAAUAUGUAAAUAAACAUUUUUUUCAUUAA